GAAAUGAAUAAAGAAUAUACUUAAAGAGGAUAAGCACUGAAACAGGAAACCAAUUAUAAAAUUGUGCCCACAGACUUUGUGUUUGCCACACAAAAUUCAUCUCUAUCUUCUCUGCAGAGCCACGAAGAAGCCAUGGAUCCCUACAAGCACCGUCCAUCAAGUGCGUUCAAUUCUCCGUUCUGGACCACUAAUUCUGGUGCUCCUGUUUGGAACAAUAACUCAUCGCUAACCGUUGGAUCUCGAGGUCCAAUUCUUCUGGAGGAUUAUCAUCUAGUGGAGAAGCUUGCAAACUUUGACAGGGAAAGGAUCCCAGAACGUGUUGUUCAUGCCAGGGGAGCUAGUGCAAAGGGUUUCUUUGAAGUCACACAUGACAUUUCUCACCUCACUUGCGCUGAUUUCCUUAGAGCCCCUGGUGUUCAGACACCUCUCAUUGUCCGUUUCUCAACUGUUAUCCAUGAACGUGGUAGCCCUGAAACCUUGAGGGACCCUCGAGGUUUUGCUGUCAAGUUUUACACUAGAGAGGGUAACUUCGACCUUGUGGGAAAUAACUUUCCUGUGUUCUUCGUCCGAGAUGGGAUGAAGUUUCCUGAUAUGGUCCAUGCUCUGAAACCCAAUCCAAAGUCCCACAUCCAGGAGAAUUGGAGGAUCCUUGAUUUCUUCUCCCACCAUCCGGAAAGCCUUCACAUGUUCACCUUCUUAUUUGAUGAUGUAGGUGUCCCUCAAGAUUACAGGCAUAUGGAUGGUUUUGGUGUUAACACAUACACCCUUAUCAACAAGGCUGGGAAAGCACACUAUGUCAAAUUUCACUGGAUACCCACCUGUGGUGUGAAGUGUCUAUUGGAGGAGGAGGCCAUUAGGGUUGGAGGGUCCAACCACAGCCAUGCUACCCAAGACCUUUCUGAUUCAAUUGCUGCUGGGAACUAUCCUGAGUGGAAACUUUAUGUCCAAAUAAUAGAUCCGGACCAUGAAGACAGAUUUGAUUUUGACCCACUUGAUGUAACUAAGACUUGGCCCGAGGACAUUAUUCCGCUGCAGCCAGUUGGUCGCAUGGUCUUGAAUAAGAACAUAGACAACUUCUUUGCUGAGAAUGAACAACUUGCAUUUUGCCCAGCCAUUAUCGUGCCUGGUGUAUACUACUCAGAUGAUAAGAUGCUUCAGACUCGGAUAUUCUCCUAUUCUGAUAGUCAGAGACAUAGACUUGGACCAAAUUAUCUGCAGCUUCCUGCUAAUGCUCCCAAGUGUGCCCAUCACAACAAUCACCAUGAGGGCUUCAUGAAUUUCAUGCACAGGGAUGAAGAGGUCAAUUACUUCCCUUCAAGGUAUGACUCUGUUCGACAUGCUGAAAGGUUCCCCAUUCCUCCAGCUAUCUAUAGUGGGAAGCGUGAAAAGUGCAUAAUUGAGAAGGAGAACGACUUCAAGCAACCCGGAGAGAGAUACCGGUCCUGGGCACCUGACAGAUUUCUUUUCAGGCAAGAAAGAUUUGUCCGCCGAUGGGUUGAGGCUUUAUCUGACAAAAAUGUCACCCAUGAAAUCCGUAGCAUCUGGAUAUCAUACUGGUCUCAGGCUGACCGUUCUCUUGGACAAAAGAUAGCAUCUCAUCUGAACAUGAGGCCAAGCAUCUAAGAUUGGUGGUGGCAACCCCAGCUUGAUUGUAAGAGUUGCAGAUGAGCAAAGAGUGAGAAAUGUCUGUUAGUCUGAUAUUUGAAAGGAUUAGUCCUUUUAUUACAGUUCUAUAUUGUAUAUCAAUUAUUUCACGCAUCCAACUUUCUUGACGUGUCUCGUCUUAAUAUAUGUCUUGGUGAUAAGGAUGAAGAUGUGAACGUCCCAUGAUUCUCUAUUCACCUUUGGUUAAGGCUUCGUUUAUAUUUCAAAUAAUCUUUUGUUAUCAUUUA